CUGCAGUUCAGAAGCUGCACCUGCGCUGGUCCAACCGCACGGAACAGCGAACUCCUGAAAUCCCUCCCAAGUAGGAAACGCUUCAUCGCAUUUCUUUGCUUUUUGGCGGCGUGACCCAAGCUCCUGCCAUCGUUUCCGCUACGGCCGCCUGUGACUUCUCCCAUCAGAGCGCCACCGAGGACCUUGGCUGAAAUCUCAAAGUUGAUAUUAAGAGGAGCUCCGCGCGCCGACCAACAUGUCAGGACGACUGCGGGGAGUGACAGACGCGCGGAGGAUGUAGUUUCCUGUGGACUUGUCGGGGGAGAAGAAGCGGCCGGAUCUCGAGUAUGAAGUUUGUACGACACCUUUUGCUACUUUCAGUGCUGUGAAGAGGAGUCCAGUCAUGGGUUGAAGACGCUGCGGAGAUGUUGAGUGUGGGAGGGCGCGGAACAUUCGCUUAUGUAAUGAUUGACAGCGUCUAUUAAUUGGUGACUGAUGUUCCUGCCAAUUGAAGUCUUCAAGCUGAAGAGAGCUCUGACCUCAUCUUGCGUGAGCCGCUGCUCAUCACGAUGGAGGAACGUUUGAAGCUGCUUGGCGCCGGUCGGGCUCAAACCUCGAGUAUGACUUUGCCAUCGGGGCCGGGGUCUGUUUCAUUUCUCUGCAUCACAGUGGGUGGGAAAGCUGCGAGGAUGCAGUGACACUUGUGCUUUUCCGUCGGAGUUAGGAAUAUGUAGUCGCCCCACCAAGAGCCGCUCUCUGAAUCCCACUGAGUUUCUGUCCAAACAUCUGACGCCCCCAUUUCAUUUCACCAGACUUUUGUAGCGCCCUCCCUCCCCCCCACUCAUCAGGGCUGGUGGGGGGGGUGGAUCUCUGGGGUUGAACCCCUUUUUGCGGCCGGUCGGGGGUUAAGGACUUCUCGACAUGGAGGCCACCCAAGAGAGUCCCAACCGGGCCGUGGAGUACCUCCUGGAGCUCAACAACAUCAUUGAGAGCCAGGCCAAGCUCUUGGAGACCCAGCGCCGGCGCAUCGAGGAGCUGGAAGGCCAGCUGGACAAGGUCAGCCAGGAGAACCAAGGCCUGAAGCAGGAUCGCAGCCCGAGGGCCGACACGCCGGAGCAGAACCACGACCACGGCCAGCCGCCGUCCCUCCCCGGCCAGCAGGGGACCGGCAGCAGCAGCGGGAACGUCGGCUCCUCGGCGCCUCCGGCGAACGUUGGGCCGGCUUCAGCUCCAGCGCCCGGCAGAGAGAGGAGGCACGGCAGGCUGACCCGAGGCCUGUCCUGCAGCUCCUCCACCACGGAGCGGCUUGAACGCACCGACAGCACAGACACCAACGCCAGUUCCACCAUCCGAAGGAAUGUGGAGGUGGAGCCCCAGAGUUCAGAGGGUGGCACCCACAAAGACAGCACCUUCAGCCAGAAGCCGUACCUGCGUGGCUCCGAGCGCUACAGUGACAGCAGCGGUGCCACCUCUGCCCCCAGGGGCCCUUCCUGCGUGUCUGUGUCCAGCUCCGCUAGCUUAGCCUGGGCCCUGCGGACGCGUCACCAGCCUGCGAGUUUGGCUCUCCGCAAACAGGAGGAGGAAGAGCACAAGAGAUGCAAGGCUCUCUCUGAUAGUUAUGAGCUCUCCACUGAUCUGCAGGAUAAGAAAGUGGAGAUGCUUGAAAGAAAGUACGGCGGCUCCUUCGUGAGUCGCAGGGCGGCCCGAACCAUCCAGACCGCCUUCAGACAGUAUCGCAUGAACAAGAACUUCGAACGGCUCCGGAGCUCAGCCUCGGAGAGUCGCAUGACACGUCGGAUCAUCCUGUCCAACAUGAGACUGCAGUACUCCUUCGAUGAACGACAGCCUCAGCAGCAGGCGCAGACGCAGACCAGCUUCACCCACAGUGUGGGCAUUGGCCCCCCGCACUCCCCCGACCCAGAUGGGCCGGGGGACUACACUCACUUAGAGGACUCCUUUUCCAAACAGGUCAAGUCCCUGGCUGAUUCCAUAGAUGACGCUCUGACCUGCCGUGCAGGUCGCGGUGACUCCCAGGAAGGCAGUAGAGAGGGUGGAGGCAUCAGUGAAGACUUUGGCGAGUGCGUGUGGAGCAGCAGCAGCAACCCGUCCUCUCAGAGAGGUCUGGGGGAAAGAGCUCGGGGUCCUGGAGCAGGGCUGAGCAUGCACGGCGACAGCACGGCCACCUCCUACAGCGAUGUCACUCUCUACAUGGAUGAUGGAAUGCCGUCUUCGCCGCUGUCCCUGGACCGGGCCCCGAGCAGCACGGACACAGAGUACUGGGGCCCCGGUGGAGGUGUCGGGGGCCGCGAGGACAGCCGAGACACGGAAGGCGGGGGCAGCAGUAACAGCCGGCGCAGCACCCCCUGUACAGAGUGCAGGGACUACCGUCUGCGGGGAACUCAUCUGCCGCUCCUCACCAUUGAACCGCCAAGCGACAGCUCGGUGGACAUGAGUGACCGCUCAGAUCGGGGGUCCCUAACCCGACAGAUGAUCUAUGAGCAGGAGCCUGGUGUCGGCUCCGGAUCCCCUCAAGGGACCCUCAAAAACUCCCCAAACACAAGCACUCGUCCGUCGUCCACGGCAGCAGCACAGGGUCAGAUCAGAGCACCAGGCAGAGCCAUCCCGACUCACAUCCCCCACCAGGUGGCCUCCCACCACCACCACCACCACCAUCACCCCAUCCAUCACCACCAGUACCCCGACACUCCAUCAUCAUCCUCAUCCCCGCAGCAGCCACCCACCACCCCUCUGUCCUCCUCCUCCUCUGCAGCUCUGCAGUCGGGCGUCCUGGAGCAACCGUGCUGCUCGGACGGAGACAAUGAUUCUCUGAACUCAACCACCAACUCAAAUGAGACAGUCAACUGUAGCUCGGGCUCUUCGUCUCAGGACAGCCUGCGGGAGCCGCUGACCUCGCUGGGCAAGCAGACCUAUCAGAGAGAGAGCCGCCACAGCUGGGACUCUCCUCCCUUCAACAGCGACGUGGUGCAGCGGCGCCAGUACCGGAUCGGCCUCAACCUCUUCAACAAAAAACCAGAGAAAGGGAUCCAGUAUCUGAUCGAGAGAGGGUUUGUCUCUGACACCCCGGUUGGCAUCGCGCGCUUCAUCCUGGAGAGGAAGGGUCUGAGCCGGCAGAUGAUCGGAGAGUUCCUGGGAAACCGGCAGAAGCAGUUCAACAAAGACGUUCUAGACUGUGUGGUGGAUGAGAUGGACUUCUCAGGUAUGGACCUGGACGACGCGCUAAGGAAGUUCCAGGCUCAGAUUAAAGUUCAAGGAGAAGCUCAAAAAGUGGAGCGUCUGAUCGAGGCGUUCAGCCAGAGAUACUGCGUGUGCAACCCGCCGUUGGUCCGACAGUUCCAGAAUCCAGACACCAUCUUCAUCCUGGCUUUCGCCAUCAUCCUCCUCAACACGGACAUGUACAGUCCCAACGUGAAAGCAGAGCGGAAGAUGAAACUGGAGGACUUCAUUAAGAACCUCAGAGGUGUGGACAACGGGCAGGAUAUUCCCAGAGACCUGCUGGUUGGCAUCUACCAGCGGAUACAGAAAUGGGAGCUGCGAACCAACGACGACCAUGUGUCCCAGGUGCAGGCGGUGGAGCGAGUCAUCGUGGGCAAGAAGCCUGUGCUGUCUCUACCUCACCGGCGACUGGUGUGCUGCUGUCAGCUGUACGAGGUUCCUGAUACCAACAGACCGCAGAGAACUGGGGUGCAUCAGCGGGAGGUCUUCCUCUUCAAUGACCUCCUUGUGGUCACCAAAAUCUUCCAGAAGAAGAAAACAUCCGUGACGUACAGUUUCAGACAGUCUUUCCCUUUAGUUGAGAUGCAAGUGCACUUGUUCCAGAACUCAUACUACCCACACGGCAUUCGCCUGACCUCAGCAAUCCUGGGUGGGGAAAGGAAGGUUCUUAUAGUCUUCAUGGCACCUAGUCAGCAAGACCGCACCCGAUUUGUGAGUGACCUCAGGGAGAGUGUUGCUGAAGUGCAAGAGAUGGAGAAAUAUAGAGUGGAGUCUGAGUUGGAGAAGCAGAAAGGUGUGAUGCGGCCCGGCUUGCUCACUGGAAGUGUGGUUGGAGGAGGUGUCGGCGCCAAGAGCGAUGUCGUGAACGGCACCAUGGGACGGACCAGUUUUGACGACAACUGUUCGGUGGGCGAGGGUCUCAAACGCACCGCGCUUAGUUCAUCUCUCAGGGACCUUUCAGACACAGGGAAACGUGGUCGCAGAAACAGUGUUGGUUCUCUGGACAGUACGAUGGAAGGCUCCAUUAUUAGCAGCCCGCAGCCGCACCAGCGCUACCCGGUAACAGGAGUCGUCACCGGCUGCUACACUACAGAAGACUUCCGGCCUCACCGCCCCAUCCUGAGCCCCGGGUCGGGGGUGGGGGGUGGGCCGGGGCAGCAACACACCACUGCUGGGAUAGGAGUUGGGGGAGCCUCCAGCAGUGCAGAGAGAACAGGAGCGGGGAGCAGCACUGGGGGGAGCAGCAGCAACAACAACAGCGGCUCCUUCCUGGGCUCCCUAUUCGGCAGCAAACGCGCCAAACCACCAGGGCCCCUUAUACCACCGGGGCCACCUUACCCCGCACCUGUCCCCCCACCGACCACGGGAGGGCCCCCUCCUCACUCCCCUUCAUCGCUCUGCCAGAUGGAGGGAGGACCCUCCAAAAUCCAGGCGCUGCACGCACAGUACUGUCACGCAGCCACGGUGCAGCCGCCUCCCCCCUACUACCAUCACCAUCACUUCCACAUCCAGGCCGUGCCCCCACCCUUGCAAGGCGUGCCCACCCACACCAUCCAGAGAGGCCCUCUUCCUUGUCGUCCACCGCUUGGGCCUCCACUCGCUCAGCACCCGCAGCUGGCCCAUCUCUCCCAGCUCUCCCAGCAUGGGCUUACGGGUCGCUACACCAACAUGGUGGUGGGGUGUCCCCCCCCCCUUUCUCCUCUCUCCCAACAUUCCCAGAACCCGCAGUUUACCCUGUAUCACGCUCAACCCACACACUCUGUCCGCGGGGGCAGCGGCCCUGGCACCAAACCUCCACUCACCUUGUCGCACUCCCAUCCGCACCCCCACGCACACUCCCAAACACACCCCGGACACGUGCACACACCACACCCAGCCAGCCACUCCACGCACCAAACCCACUUCAUAUUCGGCACGCUCCCCCACAACCUGCCGUCCGCAUCCGUCAAUGCGCAUCACGCUGCCACCGUCGCCCAGUAUCUGCCCCAGUACCCUCCGCUCUCUUCCAUCCCUCCUCCCCCACCGCACUCCCCUUUACCCCCCCCUUCGACUCCCCUUACCCCUCUUACACCUCUCUCCCCUCUCCCCCCCCAGCACCCAGGGCAGCCUCCGCAGGGCCCUCAGGUGACAGGAGCUGGAGCGACCGGUACAGGGGGCAGUUCCAAAUCCAAACCUAUCAACCGGAUAAGUACCGUGGUGUGAGCAGAAUGUGGGUCCACCGAGCUCAUAGGUCGGAUGAUAGGGUGGAGGAGGCGAGCAGAGCCAGGGCACGGACUCGGUCCGCCCGGACAGAGAGCAACAGCAGCAGCACAGCCGACAAGAGGAAGCGCAGCUUGCUCCGUCUCUGCUACUUCCACCUC